AUGAGGACUGUGGCUGGCAAGCGCAAGUCGUACGCACUCUAUCCAGCGUGUGUUGUGCUGGCUGUGCUGGUGGCUCUGGUCCUGACUCUGGUGGUGGCUGUUGCUGUCCUCUCAGGAAGAGGUGGAGGGGAUGCAGCUGUGCCUGCGGCUGCGGUGCUGGGCUGUCCCGAGGACUGGGUCGGGUACCGCAAUGUCUGCUACUACCUCUCGAAGGAGGAGGGGAGCUGGGAGUGGAGCCGGGAGCAGUGCUGGUCGCGCGGGGCCCGGCUGGCCGUGCUGAGGAGGGAGUGGGAAAUG